UAGAGUGUUGAUUGGGUAGACAGCUUGUGGUGGAAGGAAACGUUGGACUUUUCAAGCGGCUUGCAAUGGAAGCUACUGAAGUGUGGCUUCGCAGGGAAGAUUUGUACCACUACAAAAGGGCCGGCAUGCUCAUAGCGGACUCACACUAGUUCCUCGUUUUCCAAAUACAAGAUGAACUCCUCAGAUUCGGAGGAAAUGAUGAUGUUCUCCUCAGAUUCGAGUGACGAAGAGGACGAGCUGCUUGUGCUGAUUGCCAUCGAGGAGGAAGAAGCAGGAGCUGCGCGUCGUAGCAGGCAGCGUGGGUCGAUGCCCGGCCAUGCGGUUAUAGACCGGCAACACCGCGAAGGUGCUGCUAGGCUGUACAACGACUAUUUCGCCGACAACCCUGUGUACGGCGAUAUCCUGUUUCGUCGGAGGUUUCGUAUGUCGCGGCGGUUGUUCUUGCGUAUUGCGGCCGCUGUGGAGGAGCAUGACACCUGGUUCAGCCAGAGAAGGGAUGCAACGGGGAAGCUCGGGCUUAGCCCCUUGCAAAAAAUGACAGCGGCCAUACGGCAACUAGCAUACGGAGUCAGUUCCGAUGCAGUUGACGAGUACGUGCGGAUAGGGGCGAGCACGGCGAUGAUGGCAUUACGGAAAUAUGUGCAAGCUAUUGUGGAGGUGUUCGGAGAAGAAUAUCUCCGGGCUCCCAAUGAAACUGACACCGCCCGUCUCCUGGCAGAAGGCGAUCGCCGUGGGUUUCCCGGGAUGCUCGGGAGCAUCGAUUGCAUGCAUUGGGUAUGGAAGAACUGUCCAAAAGCGUGGCAUGGCGCGUACACAGGCCAUACUCGCAAGCCUUCUAUAGUUUUGGAGGUUGUUGCGUCGUAUGACUUAUGGAUUUGGCAUGCUUUUUUUGGCAUGCCUGGGAGUCUUAACGAUAUAAACGUAUUGUACCGCUCUAACUUAUUUACUAGGCUUAUCGAUGGGAGUGCCCCACCUGUGUCGUACAUCAUAAAUGGUAACAGGUACGACAUGGGAUACUACCUCGGCGAUGGCAUAUACCCCGAAUGGGCGACCAUAGUGAAGGCAAUUCCUGCUCCACGAGGCAACAAGAGCAUCCAUUUCUCCGCGAUGCAAGCUGCUCUCCGCAAGGAUGUCGAACGUGCAUUUGGUGUGUUGUAA